GCCCUCCCCCGCCUCACUGCGCAGGCGCCCGAGGGAGGCCCGCGCUUGCGCCCCGUCGCGCGCCGGCCUCAUGAGCCUCAGCACCUCGCCGGCUGGCAGCGGCUCGGCGCGCGCGCGCACCCCCGCCCGCUCCGCUCUGCUCCCCUCGCCCCGCCACGCGCCCUCCGCGCGCCGCCGCCGCUGCUGCUCCUGCUGCUGCCGCGAGGACCCGGCGGGAACAGGCCGGCGGGCAGAUGAAGUACAUCCUGGUGACGGGCGGCGUGAUCUCGGGCAUCGGCAAGGGGAUCAUCGCCAGCAGCAUCGGCACCAUUCUCAAGUCCAGCGGGCUGCACGUCACCUCCAUCAAGAUCGACCCCUACAUCAACAUCGACGCGGGCACCUUCUCCCCCUACGAGCACGGCGAGGUGUUUGUGCUAGAUGACGGAGGGGAGGUGGACCUGGACCUUGGUAACUAUGAGCGCUUCCUUGAUAUCCGACUCACCAAAGACAACAAUCUGACUACUGGGAAGAUUUACCAGUACGUCAUCAACAAGGAGAGGAAGGGAGACUAUCUCGGCAAAACUGUCCAAGUUGUUCCCCACAUCACAGAUGCUAUACAAGAAUGGGUAAUGAGGCAGGCACGAAUUCCUGUAGAUGAAGACGGUAUUGAACCCCAAGUUUGUGUGAUUGAGCUUGGUGGAACAGUAGGUGAUAUUGAAAGCAUGCCUUUCAUUGAAGCUUUCCGUCAGUUCCAGUUCAAAGCCAGAAGAGAGAAUUUUUGUAACAUUCAUGUCAGUCUAGUUCCACAGCCAAGCUCUACAGGAGAGCAGAAGACUAAACCCACCCAAAACAGUGUUCGUGAACUCAGAGGCCUCGGUCUCUCACCAGACCUGAUUGUUUGCAGGUGCUCUACUCCAUUGGAUACCUCAGUAAAAGAAAAGAUUUCCAUGUUCUGUCAUGUUGAACCAGAACAGGUUAUCUGUGUUCAUGAUGUCUCUUCUAUAUACCGGGUUCCUCUGUUGUUAGAGGAGCAGGGAGUUGUUGACUACUUCAGACACAGGCUUGAUCUUCCCAUUGGGAGACAGCCCAGGAGGAUGCUUAUGAAGUGGAAGGAAAUGGCUGACAGGUAUGACCGUCUCCUUGAAACAUGUUCCAUUGCACUUGUUGGCAAAUACACCAAAUUUUCAGAUUCCUACGCGUCUGUCAUUAAGGCACUGGAACAUUCUGCACUGGCUAUCAACCAUAAACUUGACAUCAAGUAUAUUGACUCUGCUGACUUGGAGCCAGCAACCCUGCAGGAAGAACCUGUCCGAUACCAUGAAGCAUGGCAGAAACUAUGUGGUGCUCACGGAGUCCUGGUUCCUGGUGGAUUUGGUGUUCGCGGGACAGAAGGCAAAAUUCAAGCUAUUUCUUGGGCAAGAAAACAGAAAAAACCCUUCUUAGGCGUUUGUUUGGGAAUGCAGUUAGCAGUUGUGGAGUUUGCGCGCAGUGUUCUUGGUUGGCAAGAUGCUAACUCAACAGAAUUUGACCCCAAAACCACACAUCCAGUGGUCAUAGACAUGCCAGAACAUAAUCCUGGGCAAAUGGGUGGAACCAUGAGGCUUGGCAAGAGAAGAACACUCUUCCAAACGAAGAAUUCAAUCAUGAGGAAGCUGUAUGGGGAUCAUGAUUUCUUGGAAGAGAGACACAGACACAGGUUUGAGGUCAAUCCAGAACUGAAAAACUGUUUUGAAGAGCAGGGUUUGAAAUUUGUAGGCCAAGAUGAGGAGGGAGAGCGAAUGGAAGUAGUUGAGUUAGAAGAGCAUCCAUUCUUUGUGGGUGUUCAGUAUCACCCUGAAUUCCUCUCUAGACCAAUUAAGCCAUCUCCUCCAUACUUUGGCCUCCUGUUGGCAUCUGCAGGAAGACUCGCACAUUAUCUGCAAAAGGGCUGCAGGCUCUCACCCAGGGACACCUACAGUGACAGAAGUGGCAGCAGCUCACCUGACUCAGAGAUAACAGAGCUGAAGUUUCCAUCAUUCAGUCACGACUGAUUCCCGAUGCGUCUUCGCUGAAGAGAAGAGCCCUCAUUAGAUUUUUUCCAGGCAUUCUUACAGCAAUAGCUUGAACACUGUCAGCUUUGGGCUUUCUUAAGUUAUGUUUGUUUGUUUUUUUUAAAUUCCGUUAUGAAAUCCUGUCUAUUUCCUCAACUCCUCUGUCUUGUUUUUCUGUGUAGAUUCUGAUUAUUUCUGGAAGAGAGCUCAUCACAGCACAUGCACCUCUAGACUUUCUUCAGUUAGCACCAUCUUGGAGAUAAAAAGCAAAUUUGAGUAUGGGAUUUGAUGUGUUGGGGAGAAUCUAGUUGCACACGUCCUUCCUAAUGCAUGGUAAUGCUGGCAUGAGUUUAUAUCUUGGACACUGGUGGUUGUGUUGCUUUCUCCAGCCUUUCUGCUCCCAAAGCAGUCUUUAUUACUUGUGAAAUAAUGUGUAUGAUUCUAGAUUUGGAGACUCGGUUCUUGUGCUGUGCUGCAGAGGAUGGGUCUGUUAAGCUUUAUGCAGUCUUUUUUUGGGAGGGAGGCGGGGGGAUGCUUUGUUUAUUUUUCCAAUAGUAUUUAAAAAUGUUUGGCACUGGUGGUCUUGGUGCAUUCAUUGCCAGCAAUGAACUUUUAACCAGGAAAAUCUUCCUGGAAUAGAGGAGUUAAUCUGGAAAAUGAUCUGCUCUAACUGUGAUAUGUCACUCUGCAGGGAUGCAAUUAACUUGGAUCAUGUGAAAAAAAGCAAAGCUGUCAGGAAAGCCCAUCAUUGCCUGAAUCGAGGCGUAACUGUUAGCCCUUUCUAUGCCAGUGUUUGCUGGUGCUGCUUCUUGGGCUGGGAAACUUCAACUCCUUGCAUCAAGGGGGAGGUACAGAACAGAAAGUGAACUACUUUCAGAUGCUGCCUUUAAAAGCUCCCGUUGUCGUUUACCUUGGACUGAACAGUUCAUGGUGCUUUUUCUUUGAUUUGUAGUGGAGCCUUCCUUUGCCUUUUUUAUACGGCGGAGCCAUAUGUGCCGCACUCAAUGCAAUACAGAAGUGCUAUUUCCUGAGGGAGGGGCUUAGCAACUUGCCUACAGUGUUACUUGAUGUAGUUUGUAGAAGUGUGCUGUCCUAUGAUGAUGAGCUCAGCUUUGCAGUCCUGGGGUGGGAAAUGCACUCUUUUUUUUUUUUUUUCCUGCCUCUUGCUGCAGUGUAAGCAACACAGUUUUUGGUCUCUGGUAAUUUAGAAGAAAGGAAGAAAGUUAUUCAGUUGUCUGAAGUGUCAUAUAUUCAGAAAUCUUCAGUUCAUUAAAGUUUGGGGAAAGCUGUAUGUCUCGAGCCUGGCUGAGUACUAACUCUUGUGUUGUCUGGUGCCAAACUUUAUUAAGCACUGUUCUGUCAUCUUAAGUGACCUUUUCCAAAGUCCUUCUUGCUUUAUACCUUAAUUAUUUUAAAUAUACAUUGUAAACCUGCUUUUAGCCAGAAAAGCUUUAAGCCUUCUCUGUGUGUGUCACUUAUAACAUCUCUGAAAAAAUUACCAACUGAGAUGCUCUCUGUUCUGAGCAAAAUGCCAGUCAUAAAAUGGCUGACUCUAGCAGUAUAAGGUCACUUGUUAUCUGUAGCACAACUUCCUUUUCUUUUUCCUGAAAUAUCUUUAUUUUGGCCAAAAUUGUGCGACUGACUUCGUCAUUAAAUGAUUAUUUGUAAUAAAAUAACUAGCCAAA